AUUGAAAAUAAUGGCAAAUUCCGUGCAAUGCUGAUUAAGAUGCGACACCACUCAACCUAUUACGUGAAUUGUCUCUAUAAAAUUGACAACACAGUCAAGAAAUUGCAUGUCAAAGUUGCUGUGUGAGAGGAAAGCAGUCUGAAAUCCAAUGCACAUCAUGCUGCUGUUUCUUUCCAUCAACUGAAUACAUUUUGUACAGUUGUUAGUUCUACAAUGGAUUUGAAAUCUGUAGUUAAAAAACUUCAACAAUUUGCAGACCCCAAUUUAGCAGAAUCUUGGGACAAUGUUGGUCUGUUGGUCGAACCUACACCCCCUCACGAGGUAAAAAAAAUUAUGUUGACUAAUGAUCUGACAGAGGCAGUUUAUCAGGAGGCACGGGCGUGGAAUGCGAACCUGAUUAUUUCUUAUCAUCCUCCUAUAUUUGUGCCAAUGAAGAAACUGGUGCAGAGAAACUGGAAGGACAGGAUAAUUACUGGUUGCAUAGAGAACCGUAUAGCUAUAUAUUCCCCUCAUACAAGCUACGAUGCACUAGCCGGAGGAGUUAAUGAUUGGUUGAUACAAGCUUUUGACACAAAGCGUGUAGGUCCAGUUACUGCUUCCCUGAUGUCGACAGGUCCCUAUACCAAGAAACUACAGAUAACAGUCCCAAGUUCUCUACAGGAAGCCAUGUUUAAAUCUGUCAGUGGGAUUCAAAAUACUCUGGCAUCUGUUCAGGAAAUAAACCAAGACUUAUCACAGAUAACGCUUCUUUGUUCUAAUGGUACAAUACCAGCAAUACUUGAGUGUACACAAAGCUUCAGUGACAAAGUUCGAAGCACCGAGCUUUUAGACUUACAGAAAGCACCCAAACCUGGUUAUGGAAUGGGCAGGAUAGGAAAAUUGACAUCGCCAAUUUCUGUCACUGAAGCAGUAGAGAGGGUGAAGAGACAUAUCGGAAUAGGGCAUGUCAGGCUUGCUAAAGGAGUGGGUUGUGAGAGUAUUUCUUCAGUGGCCGUCUGUGCUGGAUCAGGUGGUAGUGUUUUAAAGAACCUGGAUGUAUCACUCUAUGUCACGGGAGAAAUGAGUCACCAUGAAGUUCUCCAUGCAAUGCAGUCUGGGAUAUCUGUCAUAUUGUGUGACCAUAGCAACUCAGAGCGGGGAUUUCUCAAGGUUCUACAGGAAAAACUGACUGGGCUUUUCCAAAGUAAAAUUGAAUUUCAGGUGUCAAAGUGUGACAGAGACCCAUUAGACAUUGUGUGAGCUGUGUAUAGUCAAUGUACCAUUAAAUACUUAUAUAUACAGAA